AGUCAUAUACACCUAGGAUGGCUUGAGGGUGAGUAAAGCUUAGGCUAAUUUUCAUUUGAAAGUGAACUAAUCCUUUAAAAUAUAUUGUACAUUCCACAGUGUAAAUUGAUUAAUAAGCAUUGUAUAUGCCAAGUUCAAAUUCAGAAGGGCUCGUUCAGUUCAUGCAUUUAUAGAUCAGUGUUGUCUGUGCUAUUUGAGUUCCUCUCUGUGCUCAAAUGCCUGAAGGUAGACUUUCUACCUCAGCACACUGCCUUUGUGCACUUGUUGCACACAGCGAACACCUUACAGCUCAUUUCACUGGUGGUGGUCAGAGGUGGGCUGUUCAUUCAAAAACAAAAGCACACUGAUUCUGAGUGAAAAUGAUUCAUUCUUUAGAUCACCCAAGGGAUGAUUAGACCUGAAUCAGAGCUUAUGUCUGUAGUGAAGAUUUACACCUGUUAUUAUCAUCCAUCUCAGGUGAUCCGACAGAUUGCCUUUGAUUUUGUGAUUACAUCACAUAUACAUUAGGCUCUUAUUGCAUGUUGUCAAAAUGCAAAAAAUCUAAAAGAAAUUGUCUCACUGUCAAUCCCAAAUAUAGGCUACAUUUUAGAUGGUUUUGUUGUAGAUUUAUUUAGCAGACACAAUUCUCUAAAAUGAAUUAUCUGUGUCCUUGCCUAUAGAUGAUGCCAGACAUGUCCAUGAAUCUAAUGCAAAUAUGUUUGGGUUUCCUACAUGUUUUAAUCACUAUUGUCCAGGUGCAUUAGUGUUUACACUACAAAUGCAAUGUGGUCACAUACAUUUCUAACUACCUUAAAUGUGGUUGCAGUGAUCAGAUCAAACACAUUUUGGACACACAUUUUUGGACACACCAGAGAUGGCUGUUCAUACCAGGGGACUGUUGGAGGUGGUCAGGCAAAUUGCCACCAUCAGAAAACACCCUCUUUAAUCCAAGGAAGUGAAGCAUGGCAUAGACACAUUAACAAUUAUGGAUUCCCCACCAGAGUGUAUGCUGGCUCUUUCCUGUGAGCCCCCACUGUCUCCUCCCUCCAUGCCAUCCCUGGACCACAGUCCCCAAUUCCUAUCCCAGAGUCCUCAAUCUACCCCUUCUAGCCCGCAAACUGAACUCUAUGCACCGGUCUCACCCUGCCCCCUUCCUGAAGCCAGCUUCCAAGAUGAGGAGGAGGAUGAGGAGUUGUUAACACCCUCAUCACCCACCCCAGCUGUGGCACUGUUUCCUGGUGAAUUGGAACUCGGCAGUCCCUCAUCAGAGAGCAGCCCCCCAGCCACAACAUUAGCACCUUUUCCUGGUUUUGGAGCUCUGGAGCAGGCAAUCUCUUCUGGUCAAAGUACCACCUACAAUGAUGAGUUGGAUCUUCAGCUUUUCAACAAUGAGGGCAUGGCUGUCCCUGGAGGGAUCAGCUCUGGGCCUGGCCUAAGGUUCCCCUGCCAUGUGUGUGGAAAGAGGUUCCGCUUCCAGAGUAUUCUGUCUCUGCAUGCUCGAGCACACAGUUUGGACAGGGAACGUCGGGCUUCUGCUCCCUACCGGACCACACAUGUCAAACUGCAGCAGAAUCACACAAGCAACAGUGUAAUCCAGAAUCCAUUAUCUGGGUCAUUACAAAAAAGUAUGAAUGAAGACAUGGUUCCAGAGGAACCUCUUCAAACUGCCAACAGCCCUCAGUUCCUCUUUGAAGGAACCACAGCCCUGACUCCACCUUUAACAGAGGAAGCACCCAUCUCAACCUCCUUCUCUCCACUUGGCCAGGCCCACUUGGAAGACAAUGCCCCCCCUACAGCUGCUCCUGCCUUCCGGUGUCAUGCUUGUAAGGGUAAGUUCCGAACAGCUUCAGAGCUGGCACGUCAUGUGCGGAUCCUCCACAACCCCUACAAAUGUACAAUGUGUCCCUUCUCAGCCAGCCAGGAGGAAAGACUGGCUGCCCAUUUGCAGGAGAGCCACACACCUGAGGAUCCUGCUGCUGAAACGGUUUUCCCUUCUCACCCUAUAACAGCACCACCAGAAACUCCUCCCCCACAAAUGUCUGUUGUUCCAGCUUUCCGAUGUGAGACAUGCGGGCAGCGUUUUACACAGUCCUGGUUUUUGAAGGGGCACAUGCGGAAGCACAAGGACUCAUUGGAUCACAAGUGCCAGGUGUGUGGCCGUGGCUUCAAGGAACCCUGGUUUCUUAAGAACCAUAUGAAGGUGCAUCUUAACAAGCUGGGCCUCAAGACUGGAUUGGGAAAUCUGGGUCCAGCUGGAACUGAUCAAUCCAAAGGUCCUGCAAGCACACAAGUGCUGGGGGCUCUGUAUUCUAACUUGCUCCUUGCUCGCAGUAUGGCCGGGGGUGGUGGAUCAGGAAAUCGCACAGAGAGGUCAGAUGCCAGUGCAGGCUCAAGCAAAUCCUCUAUAUUGGGCUAUCUUGGAUUACCCAAAGACAACAGCAAUGGAAGUUGCAUGGAGCGCCUUCAGGCAGUGGCACAGGUUGCAGAAAUGGGUAACGGAGGAGGAGGGCGGGGAAGUGAGUCAGCAGACGGAGCAGACCAGGCAGCCAUGUGGCAGCUGGUUGCUCGUAGUCUGGUGGCAGCACAGCACAACCAACAGCAGCAGAGAUCCCAUUCACACCAUCAGUUUCCUUCCUCACGAGGCACCGUCGCUGGGGAAGCCAAGCAGAUGAGGGCCUACCUGGGUGGGUUGGGUUCUAGAGAGGAACUGGAGGGAUCUAGCGCACCAUGGGAGUGUCCAGAUUGUGGCAAGAUGUUCAGAAGCCUUCAGCAGGUGGUUGCCCAUGCCCGUGUCCAUGUCCAGAAACCACAGAAAGGUGGACAAAGUGCCCAAGGGGGCAUGUCCAGGGAAGAGAACAUAAUAAACAGAGUCAGUGGAGCUCAAGCAACAGGUGGAGUAGAAGGAGGGCAAAGAACAAGUGACAAUGAAGUUAGACAGGAGAGAAAGCAACUCCCAUCAGGAGUCGGGUCAGCUGGAAGCUUCCAUUCUGUCAUAUCACAUCUUUCUGGUCAGAAUGGUUUGAGGGGAUCAUCCUCUUCCACUUCAUCUCCAAGGGAGCGUGUUCGGGGAACAGGGAUGAAGGAUUGCCCCUACUGUGGUAAAGCCUUCCGAUCUUCCCAUCACCUUAAAGUGCACCUUCGUGUACACACAGGUGAGAGACCAUACAAAUGCCCCCACUGUGAUUAUGCUGGCACCCAGUCUGGCUCUCUCAAGUACCACCUUCAACGUCAUCAUCGUGAGCAAAGGAAUGCUAUGGCAACUUCCCCCAAUUCCCCAUCACCUAGCCUCCCCUCUCUGACUGGAUCUCCUCGUGAAGGGGCAAAAAAGCGCAGAAUCCCCUCCCAGUCUUCUUUUGGGAGGGUUCCUGGAGAGGCUUCUUCUUUAAGGCACAGUCAAUCAUGGGGUGCGGGCCCAUCAGAACAGAAGGAGGGAUCUUCUGCAUCUAUACAUCAAAGAGAGGGAGACCUGGAGAGUCACUAUCGCAGUCUGUCAGGGAUGAUGGGUACACUCUUCCCCGGUGGUCUAGAAACAAAUUGGAUUGGGGAGGUACCACCUUCGAAAAUGCCAAAAGUGUCUAGACGUAAACCCCUUACUACAAGCCGCAUGGUUUCAGUAAAUGGCUAUCAGGGCGGGACGACAUCCCAGGAAGGAGGCUUUGAACCACUGGACCUCUCCCGCCGCCCUUUACAAGAUGAAGGGGGAGUGAGUAGUUCUGGAGGUGAACCAUUAGGUGGCUCUAAAGGAGGGAAUGACAUCCUCAAUCAAUGCGUGUUCUGUCCCUUCCGAACCUCUUCUGCUGAGCUGAUGGCCAUGCACCUUCAGGUUAAUCACACCAGCAAGUCUCGUCGCAAGAGGGGCGUCCCCAUCAGUUCCACCAAUCAUUCUCCAAGACUAACUUUGGCCGAGCCAGACCGUGAUCCCCUGGCUCUGUGGAAGUUCUUUGGUGUAGAGGAUGGAGUAACAUCUCCUGAGGACUGGGUCUCAUCCAAGUCAAAAGCUGAGAAUGGAGUCAGCCCAGACAACAGGGAAACAGAGGACAGCUUUGAAUUGGUCCCUGGACCUGCAGGAAGCUUUGGUGCCACAGAAAAGAAACGUAAAAUGAGAGAGGACCUGGAUGAGGAAGACGAGGUGGUCAAUGAGGAAGAGAAUGAGCUGGAAGCAAAUGGCAGCUUUGUAAAUGUACCCCAGAAUCAGAGUAGAAGGGCUCAGUCUGAUUCAUCAGACCUCAAGGCUGAGGAUCUACCCAAGGAGGAGGAAAGUGUCUUGGGGAAAUAACAUCUAAAGAGAUCCCUGGAGAAAAGAUAGGGGCAGGGGAGAAAUAUUUGGGAAAGAGAUGUCCAGGGUCCCUCGUACCCUUCAAACCAAGGGCAGACCAUUCGCUAUGCUAACAUACUCUACAGUAUGUAAUCUGUUAACAGAUAACCUGCAAAAGUAUUUAAAUCAAGCAUUUCUUAAUAUAUCUUCCUAGCCCCCCUUGGUUAGUGAUAAAUUACCUCUACACACACACAAAGACUCUCAAUCACACAGAGAUAUCCAGUAUUGUAUGCUAGUCUAAGCCUGCCUGUCUCGGGGCCUUCUUGAACACUGUUCUCUUGUUCCUGUCUUCUUGUCAGUGAACACAAUUGCCAAGUUGCAUUUCAUUUACAAUUUCCUUGCUCCUAUGAAUCUUGCUCUCAUCUUAACAAGGACUUGGAAUGUCAAUCUGGAGAGCCGAAAAAGCAAAAAAGAAACACUGUUCUUAAUCACUACAAUAUACAGUAUUAAUGCUGAGAGAGAUGCUAACCGAAUACUGAACGGAUAUCCUACUUCCACAUGAACUUAAUCUGACAGCGCAUCUUCAGUAAACCAAAGGAGUGAGCACACUUCUUACCAUGCACCUGCCAGACUCUGAACAGAAUGCUGUGAUAACUGAAUGGUACUUGUGAAUCACCUCUAACAGAACAGGACAGAGUAAAGAUUAUAUUACCAGAUAUCCACACUGCCAGUCUGCUCCGACGGGUCUUCUUCAGAUAUUAUAUGAAAAAGAGAUUCUGCCUCUUCUAUAUGCUAUUUCUCUCAGUGCCUGUUGAUGUAAAAGGUUUUAAGCAGAUCCAGCAACACAGGAAUAUAGUUACAGUGAAUAUAUACAGUAUAUAUGCGUAGUUGUGCUAGAGCAUAGAGUUCUGUGACAAUAUGGUGGCAGUUUGUGAGAUUAUGUCUGCUUUGAAUGAAACUAUGAAUGAACCCAGAUCACCACAUAUGGGAACAGCCGGCCAUUUGACUAGGGCCCUAUGGAAGUGUUUACAUUACAGAUACCACCAGGAUUUCUGGGUGGAAUCCGGACCACCGUUACUAUUGAAAGUUCAAAUUUCAGGGUUUGAAACAAAUCACAAUCUAGUAAAUGGAGACUCAGCAAUAUAUCUUUCAUAUUCCUGAAUUGUCUCUGAUUCUCAAACCAUCCAGGAGAGGGUGGAAAGUGGGUCUCUACUAAAACAUUCAGUAUGCCGUUUUUUUUUUUAGAUGUGAGUAGACAUUUUUUUUUUUAAAUAUCAAAAAUGAAAAAAAAACAAAAAAAAACAACAACACAGACACACACUAACAAAUUCAGACAUCCCAGUAGAACAUAUGUAGCUUUUGUAAAAAUAAGAGAUCAAAAAGAGGAAAAAAAAUGUUGUUUUCCUUUAAAGAAGUGUUAAUGGAAACGGAAAUGGAGAAUAGUAAUAAGUAUUAUAUAAUAUAAUAAUUAUGAAAGAAGACUGCUUCAGAAUGUCUUUAGAGCACUGUGCAAAGUCCCCCCUCGCUUUAGUUUUGCCUUUAAAUGCAGAUCAAACUUUUGAUCUUUUUCCCAAAACCCCCCUUUUUUUUAUAAUGCUGCAGAUUCAAUUCAUGUCCCCUUAAACAAUGUGUUUAUAUAUUCAUCAAUCAACAAAUCAAUCAUUCGGACACACAAUCAAUGUUAAAGCUUGCCUGAUGAUCUUGAAAAUUCAGCGAUUGAUAAUAUAUUUAUUAGUUGAUGCUGAGAUCAUGUCCAAGACAUGUCUCAGUAUCAGCAUUGUCAGUCUGACUGAUCUGCUUGCCAAAUUUGAUUUAAUGUAAUUGUGUUGCAUUUUUGAUGUGGAAUUAGCACAUCAUACAAAUGAUGAUCUACUUUCCUCAUCCAGCUCUGUGAAAUAAUUUCCAUCAGGUCAUCUCAUUGUUAUUGUUAGACACUAAGUAGGCGGUACUUUUGUCCAGUGAUUGACAGAGGCUGGCCUUAAAACGUCAUUAUCGUGUCCUUGUUUUGUGUGUAGAUUAUCUUAUGCGUUUGAUAGCCCCUGAUGUGGUGUUCCUUUGAGAUAACAGUCAAGCCACUGUGCCUUCUGUCCAGAGCACUUCCUCAAGUAUUUUGUAAGCUCACCAAAAGCACUUAGCCCCUACUGUUUCACUUUGUAUUCUUUGGUAAACUGUGUUCUGUACUUCUCCAUAUCUGAUCCUCUGUUUUGUUGAGAUGUCAGAUGUGGGGGUCAUUUCAAUUUCAUAAUAAUGAGUGUCAUUUUGUCAUUCAUGCUUGCUGUUGCAUCUCCUGCUUCCCUCCUUUCCCAUUAGCGUAUGCACCACUGAAAGCUUACGUACUAUCUAGCUCCGUGGCCUUUUAAGAAGUUACUUUAAUUUCUAUGAUGUUACUUUGAUGCCGAUGAGAUAAAAUCAAGCUCUUCUGCUCAUAAUUAUUAUCAUUGUUCUUUUUGUUUUAUGGAAGAAAAAAAAACUAAGCAAACAAACAAAAAAACGUGAACAAAAAGUGUCUCUUGAAUGUUGUACAGAUAGAAAUAGAGAUGUUGUGUUUCUAACGAGAGAUCAAACCAUCAAACCUGCUCUCCAUCGCUCCCUGCGCAGCCAGCGAUGGUGUGGCUCUUAGGAUGGCCUAACUGUGUACAGGGAUCAGGGCAAUAGUUUUGUUUUGUGUGUUUAUGUGUGUGUGUGACCAUGUGCAUUGAUGUCUUAAAAAUUAAUAUUUUGUGAAGAUAUACUGACACUGUGAAAUAAGCAUAAAAGUAUUCCCAAACAGUGAUGUGCUGCUCAAAAAUUCACUAAGUUCGACAUGCACUUUUUUUUUUGUUGUUCCACCAGAAGUGUGUGAAUUCAUAAAUAUUAUCCAGUAAAAGAGGAGAGGUGGAGAGAAGGUCUGGGUUUGAUCUUUUUUUUAGUAGCUGACUGCUGUUGGUGGCAGAGGAAUCUGAUCUAACAUAGUAGUGACUAAUAUGAAAUUGUGGAUUGAGAAAAAAAAGAAAAAAAAAAAACAGUAGAGAAGAAUCAAUAAAAUACAAAAAAAACAUGUUUCGUUUGCCAUAUGGUGUUUCACAUUACAUUUCCUGCUAUUUUGAAUUAUUUGGUGCAUUUUAAUAAAGCAUGUACUUGGGGUAAAUGGUCAUCACCUUGAUAUAAAAAUAAAAUUAUACUCAUUAAUUUUA